AUGUUAACUUGGAGGCCUGCUGUUAACUUACUACUAUUUUCAUUUGCCUUCGGUGGUUCAGUGUUCUACUCAUACAUAGCUGCGCCUAUAGCAAGUAAGGUUUUGACAAGAGAUCAAUUUUCCGAUCUACAGCAAAAUGUGUUCCCAUUGUUCUUCAAGAUGGAGACGUUUACGCCAAUCUUACUAGCGGUUACCUCUCCAGUUGCACUUUCCGCGGUUUCUAAGGCCUCUAUCGCCACUGCAGCUGCCAGUGGUGGGUUAAAUCUAUUUUGGUUUUUCCCAUGGGCUCAUAGGGUGAAUCAAGAACGGAGACAUGCCGCUGCUUCUCUGAAGGGCGAGGAAUUGGAAGAAGUUGAUGCUCCUCUGCGCAAAGAAUUUGCGAAGGCGCAUGGGUUAAGCAUGUUUGCUAACUUAACUUACGUCUUAGGAAUGACCGUGUACGGUGUCGCCUUCUCCUACGGACUCUUCAGGUACAUUCCAAAAUAG